AUGGUGAUGGAGGUGGCGGAUGCGGACAGUGAGUGGGGACGGGCGCAGACGCGGGCGAUGAAGGGACGGAAGAUGACGGCGGGGAAACGGCUCGGGGGAUUGUUUCGAGGGACGAAUCUGUUGUACACCGUGGGAUGGAUCGCGUUCAUCGGGCUCACGAUGUUCAUCUCGAACUCGCCGUUGGAGGAGAAACGGUUUGAUCCGUACGAUAUUUUGGGAUUGCGAAUCGGGGCGAGUCCGAAGGAGAUUAAGAGCGCGUACAGACGCCUGUCGCUCAAGUAUCACCCGGACAAGAACCCGGAUCCGCAGGCGGCGGUGUUCUUCGCCGAAUCCAUCGCUCCGGCGUAUAAGACGCUCACGGAUGACGCCGCUCGGGAGAACUUUGAAAAAUACGGCCAUCCGGAUGGAAAGCAGAGCACCAAGCUCGGGAUCGCCCUCCCCGAGCAGCUCUUCGGCAAGGGCGGAAUGGCGCCGGUGAUGCUCGUCGUCCUCGUCGUGGGCGGCAUCUUGCUCCCGCUUUUCAUCGCGAUGUGUUCGAUCCAUCGUAUGAAUAAGUUCGGCGGCAACAACGUGUUGAAGCAAACGGAGAUGAACUACAUGUACAUGCUCAAGCCGGUGCUCGCGCUCGCCAAGGUGGCGGAAACCGUCUCCGUCGCGCACGAGUUUAUCGAGAUGCCGUUUCUCGAAGGUCAAGACGCCGCGGUGAGCCAACUCCUCAAGGAGAUGAAGACCGAGUACGACUCGAAGGACAACAAACUCAUGAAGCGUAAACCGUCCAUCAUCAAGGCGCACAUGCUGAUAUUGGCGCAAACCUCUCGUAAACUGUCGGUCAUUCCGCCCGUGCUGGCGGCGGAUGCGAAGAAGGUUGUCGCGAUGGUGCCGCGUCUCAUCGAACAACUGCUGAAGAUCUCCACCACGCCGAUCAACCGCGCCGGGCACUCGUACGCCCGUCCGCAGAUCAGUAUCACGGAGUUCUACCAGUGCUUCACGCAGGGCGUUCCAAUCUCCUCGCGCAAGCGAGACGACGACGGCAUCGCGAGCUUGUUGCAACUUCCUCACUUUAGCCCUGACAACGUGAACCGCGUGGCGAAGAAGUGCAAGUCGCUCCACGCGCUCAUGAAGUUGUCGGAUGAAGAUCGCAAGGCAUUGUUGACCAGCGGUGGGUUCUCCGAGGCGGCCGUGAAGGACAUAGAGAUCCAACUGAGCAUGAUUCCGAGGGUGACAACGUUUGACGUCAAGGUUGCCGUCGACGGCGAUGAGGAUGUUAUCGAGGGCGAUUUCGUGACGGCGACACUGAAUGUGAAGAUCGCGCGCUCGGGUGGGCCGCUCGGUGGUGCGCUUCCACCGUUGCCGUUUUGUGCGGCUGAACGCAAGGAGGGUUGGCGCAUUUUCCUUCAAGAUCAGUCGACGAACACUUUGUUGGCGCAGCAUCGUUUGGACGCGCGAGAGAUCGAACAAAUAGAGGUUGGUGACGGGCCGAAGGAGUUCGAGUUACAGUUCACGGGAAUGCCCAGCGGUAUGUACAACCUGGGUAUCUCCAUAAUGAAUGACUACUGGAUCGGUAUCGACGCCAAGACUUCGGUGAUGAUGAAGGUUUCCAAGCCCACCGCCGCCGUCGUCGCCGCUCGCGAGGCCAAGGCGGCGUCGCGCUCGGAUCUCACCAAGGCUGAGGAUCCGGCUUCGGAGGAGUCGGAGGAGUCGGAAGAUAACAGUGACGACGAAGACGACUACAGCGACGAGGACUAUCCGUCUGAUGAGACUGGUACUUCGGAAUCUGACGACGAAGCGCGCGCGCGCAUCGCCGCCACGAAGCAGACCCAACCACCACCGCAGCCAAAGAAAACGGCGGCUCGCCCUCCCGAAGACGAGGCCAAGGCAGAGGAGAAGAAAGAUGAGACCAAGGCUGACGCUCUAGACUAA